CAAAAAAAAAGAUUGAAAAACCACAAGACGAAGACCCAGAGGGUACUGAAAAUCCCUUAGGAGAAGCCUUCAAAUUCCUUAUACCAUUACAAGAAUUAUCACAAAAAAGGAUAGAAACACAUUUAUUGGCAUUUGAAAUUUAUAUAAGAAAAGAUAAAUACUUGUUAGCUUUAAGAUCUCUUAUGAGACAUAAUAUUGAUAAAGAAAAUUCUUAUUUGCAUAAGAAUAUAGUAUUGUUUAACUCAAAAUUAUCAAACAAUACAAAAAUCAAUGAAACAACAACAAAAGUUAUUGAGGCAGAAAAAUCAAGAAUAUUGCCAGAUAAUAAACAUUUAGAGGCCAUCCUAUCAAUCUGUGAAACUUACAAAUUACCAAUAAUUAGUGAUGAAAUCUAUGAAGACAUGGUAUUCAACAGUUCAAAAUUUUAUCCAAUAGCUAAUUUAACAACAACUGUACCAGUCCUAAAAAUUAGUGGUCUGGCAAAAAGGUUCCUGGUGCCAGGUUGGAGAGUUGGUUGGGUAUUUAUACAUGACCGUAAUGAUGUAUUGAAAAAUGUUCGUAGUGGAUUGAAUUCGUUAGCAAAUUUAAUAUUGGGUGCUAAUUCUUUGAUGCAACAUGCUUUGCCUGAUAUGUUGAAAAAUACUCCAGAAUCUUUUUAUCAAACAACCAUUACCCAGCUUGAAGAAAAUGCUAGGCUCAGUGCUGAGAUUCUGGCAAAAAUUCCCGGUUUAAAUGUUAUCAUACCUGAAGGUGCUAUGUAUAUAAUGUUUGGUAUUAAUUUUAAUCAAUUCAAAGAUUUUAAGAAUGAUGUGGAUUUCACUGAGAAAUUAGUGCAAGAAGAAUCUGUACUUUGCUUGCCAGGAACGUGUUUUAACUAUCCUAAUUACAUAAGAAUCGUAAUUACAGCACCUCCUGAAAAAUUAAGAGAAGCUUACACUCGUAUCAAAGAAUUUUGUGACAGACAUCAUAAAUGA